GCUGUGCUAGCUAGAGAAGUGGCCGAGCGCUAGCCGACACUGACAGGCACACUGCAACACAGAUAGCAGCUAGCACUAGUUUCAUUCAUCUAGAAAUCAUGCAGGAAUGGGCAAACCAGUUAUGCGAGAACCGACAAUUUGGAUCCAAGAUGACGGACUCCAAGUACUUCACCACUACCAAGAAAGGGGAGAUAUUUGAGCUCAAGGCAGAGCUUAACAGCGAUAAGAAAGAGAAGAAGAAGGAGGCGGUGAAGAAGGUCAUUGCGUCUAUGACAGUUGGCAAGGAUGUCAGCGCUUUGUUCCCAGAUGUGGUGAACUGCAUGCAGACGGACAACCUUGAGCUGAAGAAACUGGUCUACCUUUACCUGAUGAACUACGCCAAGAGUCAGCCAGACAUGGCGAUCAUGGCUGUGAACACCUUUGUCAAGGAUUGUGAAGACCCCAACCCUCUCAUCCGGGCCCUGGCUGUGCGUACCAUGGGCUGUAUCCGUGUGGACAAGAUCACUGAGUACCUGUGUGAGCCACUGAGAAAAUGUCUGAAAGAUGAAGACCCGUAUGUGAGGAAGACGGCUGCUGUGUGUGUAGCAAAGCUCCAUGAUAUCAACGCCCAGCUGGUGGAAGACCAGGGCUUCCUGGAUACCCUUAAGGACCUUAUCUCUGACUCCAACCCUAUGGUGGUAGCGAAUGCUGUGGCCGCCCUAUCUGAGAUAGCAGAGUCUCACCCAAACAGUAACCUUCUGGAUCUGAACCCUCAGUCCAUCAACAAGCUGUUGACAGCUUUAAAUGAAUGCACGGAGUGGGGCCAGAUCUUCAUCUUAGACUGCCUGGCCAACUACACACCCCGUGACGACCGCGAGUCCCAGAGCAUUUGUGAACGGGUGACUCCGCGACUCUCCCAUGCCAACUCCGCAGUUGUGUUAUCAGCAGUAAAAGUUCUAAUGAAGUUCAUGGAGAUGCUGCCCAAGGACCUGGACUACUAUGGUACCCUGCUAAAGAAGCUGGCUCCUCCGCUGGUCACCCUGCUCUCUGCUGAGCCUGAACUGCAAUAUGUGGCACUCAGAAACAUCAACCUUAUUGUACAAAAACGCCCUGAGAUCCUGAAACACGAGAUGAAGGUUUUCUUUGUAAAGUACAAUGAUCCAAUCUACGUCAAGCUGGAGAAGCUGGACAUCAUGAUUCGCCUAGCUUCACAAGCCAACAUUGCCCAGGUGCUGGCAGAACUAAAAGAAUAUGCCACUGAGGUGGAUGUUGACUUUGUUCGUAAAGCGGUUCGAGCCAUUGGCCGCUGCGCCAUCAAAGUAGAGCAAUCAGCAGAGCGCUGUGUCAGCACUCUGCUGGACCUCAUCCAGACCAAGGUCAACUAUGUGGUGCAGGAGGCCAUUGUGGUCAUCAAGGACAUCUUUCGCAAAUACCCCAACAAGUAUGAGAGUGUGAUUGCUACUCUGUGUGAGAACCUCGACUCCCUGGAUGAGCCAGAGGCACGGGCAGCCAUGAUCUGGAUUGUGGGAGAAUACGCGGAGCGCAUCGAUAACGCUGACGAGCUGCUAGAAAGCUUCCUGGAAGGUUUCCAUGAUGAAAGCACUCAGGUGCAGCUGCAGCUGCUGACAGCUAUAGUCAAGUUGUUCCUGAAAAAGCCAACUGAGACCCAGGAGCUGGUACAGCAAGUGCUAAGCCUGGCCACGCAGGACUCAGACAACCCAGACCUAAGGGACCGUGGCUACAUCUACUGGCGUCUGCUCUCCACAGACCCCGUGGCCGCCAAGGAGGUGGUUCUGGCUGAGAAGCCACUGAUUUCUGAGGAGACAGACCUGAUUGAGCCCACUCUGCUGGAGGAGCUCAUCUGCCACAUUGGUACGCUGGCCUCUGUCUACCACAAGCCGCCCAGUGCCUUUGUGGAGGGCAGCCGUGGGGUGCAGCACAAGAGACUCCCUGCCCGCGCCGGAUCUGGGGAGAGUGCAGAGAGCCCAGACACAGUGUCUACCGGUGGAGUCUCCGAGGCCCCUCCUGCUGUCAUCCCAUCCCAGGGAGACCUGCUAGGAGACCUGCUCAAUCUGGACCUGACCCCUCCCACCACAACUGGACCCCCACCCCCCACCUCCAGCAUGCAGAUGGGGGCCAUGGACCUUCUUGGAGGAGGACUGGACAGCCUGAUGGGAGAUGAUUCAGAACCGUCACACAUUCCUCUGCGGACGGACACUCCUCAGUCACCUCAGCUUCAUCAUCACUCCCCAUCGCCCCCAGAUUACAGCCCAACCGAGCUUGGCGGAGAUAUUGGAGGAAGUCCUGCUAUGGGAGCUAGUUUUGGGGCUCCUCCAGCUGUAAUGCCCGGCUCUUUCAAUGCUCCUGUCAGCGGUGGCCUCAGUGACCUAUUUGACCUUGGAGGUGGAGUUGGUAUGCCGAUGGGAGCCUACGUGCCUCCUAAAACAGUGUGGCUACCAGCCAUGAAGGCCAAGGGUCUGGAGAUCUCAGGCACUUUUGCUCGUCGUUCUGGGGUCGUCCAAAUGGAGAUGACCCUCACAAAUAAAGCUAUGAGUGUCAUGGGUGACUUUGCCAUCCAGUUCAACAGAAACAGCUUUGGUCUGGCCCCAGCCGGUCCACUCCAGGUUCUCACUCCCUUCACCCCAAACCAGAGUAUCGAAGUCACCCUCCCACUCAACACCGUGGGACCUGUCAUGAAGAUGGAGCCCCUCAAUAAUCUGCAGGUGGCUGUUAAGAACAACAUUGACGUCUUCUACUUCAGCUGCCAGUACCCCAUCAGCAUGUUGUUUGUAGAGGACGGGAAGAUGGAGAGACAGGUGUUCCUCGCUACAUGGAAAGACAUUCCUAAUGACAAUGAGUCCCAGUUCCAGAUCAAAGACUGUCAUCUCAACUCAGAUGCAGCCUCCAACAAACUGCAGGGCAGCAACAUCUUCACCAUAGCCAAGCGCACAGUGGACGGGCAGGACAUGCUGUACCAGUCUAUGAAGCUCACCAAUGGCAUCUGGAUACUGGCUGAGCUGAAGGUACAGGCAGGAAACCCAAACUACACGAUCUCCUUGAAGUGCAGAGCGCCAGAGGUUGCCCAGAGUGUAUUCCAGAGCUACGAGGCGGUGCUGAAGAACUGAAUCCCAGAUGCAGACUGGAGACGAGGCAUUGGAAACGGCGCUGGCUCUGCCCACAGCCUCCCAGCCUCCCAGACUCUCUCCUGCUCUCCCUCACCUGACCCACACACACCUCUACAACAUGACUGAACACAGGGUCCACCUCCUGCUGUGCUGGGCCUGAAGACCAGGCUCCCCCCUCUGUCAUCCAGCUCUAUGAUGAGGACACUUAAACAUUUGUCUGAUUCUGACACAUUGCCGAUCCAUUUUUUCUAAGACUGCAGAGGUAUCUGGUUCACUUCGUUGGCAAGCCUUAUCCCGUCCCCAUCUGCACUGCAUAUGUGAGAUUUCAGUGUUUCUGUGUUUGUUCUCUACACUUCAGCCUUCAGAUAGGUCUAACAUAUCAGCUAGUGCUACAUCUCCUGCAUGAAGACUUGCAGAUUCGGCAGUUCCAUCAACCUUCCCUGCCUGAGCCGUUUUGCAAUAACCUUUAUGCUUUGUGGGAAAAAGGCUGCACAAUUUGUGUUCCUGUAUUCUCUACAUGAUGCUCUUUCUGUGAUUAUCUCUGCGAAUUUGAAUCUAUUUAUAGUGUCUGUAAUCAGCAGGUGAAUCACCACUGUCAGCAUAUUUAUUUGGGGUGCUUGCAAUUAAAACAUGACAGUAAAAGGCUCCUGUUUUCCCACCUGCUGGGCUUAAAUCCUUGAACAUCUGUGUUGUCAGGGCCCUCCACCCUCCACCCAUCUUAGAUUAGACUUAACUGUCUAUGCCCAGGAGGAGACUCCUAAAUACUUAGUAACCAUAUAAUCGUCGUCUUUGUCCCUUUUAUGAUGUAGUCUACUCCCAGCUUUUGAUGUUCUAUUUCGAAUCAGUCUUUUUUUUUUUUUUUUUUUUUUUUCUUAACAGAUCCUCUGCUGUCCUUUAGAUUUGAAUUUCUUUGGUAUGUGCUGUGUGCAUGGGCAUUUAUUUGUUAGUGUGCAUUUGUCUUUUGAUUUAGUGUCAGAUAUAUCUGGAGAUUUAUAGACGGAAGGAACAAUUGUCUUACAUGUGCACAUUUCCAUUCUCUGCUCUCCUACUCAGUCAUUCCAUUGUUUAGUUUGUGUUGUUAGUCAAAUUAUUUGCAUCUGGGAAGGUGGGAAUCUCAGGUGUUGGGGACGCUGUAUCUGCUCUGUGCUCUGUGUCAGCAACAGCCACUUGGGCUCACAGCCAGUUUGCUUUAUCUCCUCUUGUUGCAGCUUUUCAAGCACCUCGGCCACCUGAGAUCAAGGCUUAGAGGUGAAAUGAUUCUGAACUAUGAAGUCAUGAUUUGCUGAUCUACUCCUGAAUACUAAAUGUCUAGGCAGCACACAUAAUGUUCUGUUGCAAUAGGAAAUUGGCCAGAACAUUCAGUUAACAUCACCCUAAUUUACCUACAGUCUCUAAAAGUGAAUUGGAUUUUUUUUGUAGUCAUUAGACUGAAGCCCUUUUUACCAGCUCUACAGGAUGUAUGCACUUACACUAACCAUUUAGAGAUGACAAAGGAGGUAGUUGUGUGUUUGCGUGCGUGUCUUUGUGUGUGGUGAUGGCUGAUUCAUAUGAGAUGCUGUAUUUAAAAAAAAAAAAAAAAAGAAAAGAAAAAAACAAUCUGGUGAUGGAAAAAUCAAAUGUUUUUUGAGUGACCUGAUUUUGUUCAGUGUGUGUACAUCAUUUGAAAAGAACUAUUAAAAAUCUGAUAUAUUCA